AUGAUUGAUGGUGACGGAACAUGUAUUUUACCACCAUGGAAACCAAUUACACAAGAACAAUAUCCAAUCGAUGUCAUUCCGGGAAGGACAAUUGCAAAAAUCAUACACGGUCCUUUGAACGGAAAACAAAAGAUUGAUGUAGAAUGUGAUUCGGUUUAUCAAUAUCAUUUUCCAAGUAUGAGAAGUGGAAAAAAAUUUUUAGAUUGGGAUCAAAAGAAAGAUGGUCUUUUAAAAUUUGAAGAAGAAUAUAUUAUGAUUAAAUGUGGAACCAUAUCAAAUUUUUUAACUCGAGAACCAUUUAAAUCGGAUGAUAAUAAAUCUCGAUCAUUUAAUUUACCCUUUAAGAGUGUUCUCAAAGGUCAAAAACCAUUGGUUAAUGAUGUAGUACUAAUCUUACUUGACGCGGUGUCCAGAGAACAUUUUAAUGAGGAAUUUCCAAGAACUUUAGAGUUUUUGAAAGAUAUGUCAAAUCGAACCAAAGGAACUCAUAAAUCACAUUCUUUCAAUCGAUACAACGUACUUGGACAAAAUUCACCACCGAAUAAAGCAUUUAUUUAUUCCGGUCAAUCAAAAGAUUAUCUUUGGUCAAAUGGUAACAAAGCUAAAGCUACUUGGCUUUGGGAUGUUUACGAAAGUCAAGGAUUUGUCACAAUGCAUACAGAUGGAGAAUGUGGUGGUUGGUGGGCAUUUCCUUAUCGAGGAUAUGCUGAUGGUGCCAUUACUUCUUAUUAUAAAGCGACAAGAGAAGAUAAAUUGCCAGCAAAUCAUCAAUUUCCACAUGUAUCAAUUUGCGAAAAUUAUGCGUUUUAUCAUGAUGGGGAAUUUGGAAGAACAUGCAAAUUAACCAAUGGACAAGAUGAAAAUGGGGAACGCCAUAAAAGAUUGGCCACUAUAACUUUAAUGGAUACACAUAAUGCUGAUCUUAAUUUAAUUGGUUUGGAUAAAUCUAUGGUAAAUUUGUUAACAAAAUUAUUAAUCGGUAAAGGAAAUCAACAACCAUUAUUGGAUGAAAAUAGUAUUGUUAUAGUAUUAUCAGAUCAUGGCAUUCAUUAUGGAUUUGAGUACGCAUCAUAUGAAGGAUAUUUACAUCAUAAACAACCUUUAUUACACAUGGUUCUUCCAAAAGAUAUUUCAACGGUUUAUAAUGAAAACAUGGAAGCAAAUCAAAAUGUUUUAACGACACAUGCAGACCUUCACAUGACUUUGCUUACAUGGCUUUCGGAAAAAGUUCAAAUGAUUCAAAUCAAAACAUGUUCUAAACUUGGAAUUCCAACAGAAUACUGUCCCUGUGUUAAAUAUACCGAAUUAGAAAAUACAAAAGAGAAAGAUGAAAAAAUUAUCAACCGUUUGAUUGAAUUCGCCGUUUCCUUUAUGAAUGAUAAAAUAAAAGAAUUUGGAGUUGGAAAGAUAUGUAAUAAAUUCGAUUAUGAUAUAUCCAAAGCCAUAAAUGGAUCGGUUGAAUCAACUUUUACAUACGGGGACUUAGAAUAUUACUCUGGAUAUUAUUUACCUUCAACAUCACUAAAUUCAAGAAUAUAUGCAGUUACGGUGAAUGUAAAAUCUUACACAGCGAAACUUAAAUUUUCUUCAACAUUUAUUAAUAUUGUAAAUAAAAAUACGAAUGAUCUUUCUGUAACUCAAAUAACUGCUUAUAAAGAGGAAUGGGAAGGAAUUUGUAGAAAUAAAAUUUAUAAAAAUAUUAAAAAUGAAAAACAAGGCCAAGAAAGUGAAGCAUAUAUCUAA